UCCAGUCAGGGCAGCAUCCCACUGACAGCAACACAGAGAGGACGAGACCGGAUCCUGUGAGCACAACAUACACACGCCAAUUAAUAAUCAUUUUUCAAAAAACAUAAAAACAUAUUCUGCUACGGUCGCCUCGCGUGCGCGUGUGUGUGUUUGGAUCAGCUGAUUCUCGUUUUGUUUGGACUGAAGACAUCAGAGGAAGACUUUCAGAACAUUUGGAUUCUAUUGAGUUGGAAAUUUACCCCAAAAAACCUGCAUCUUGUUUGACAAAGGACAGCUCCACAUUUAUUAACUGGAACAUGAAUAACGAGCUGUAUUGCUUCUCAUGAAGUCUUCGUUUCGCUGCUGCGUUUCAAACGUCUCCAGCUGCGGAGAGACGCGCAGGCUGUGAAGAGGCUCCACUCUCUGGCGCACACAGAUCUCUACUCCUUUGUCUCACAGGUCGGAUGUGUGUGUGGAUGUAAAGUCGUUGCGGUCAGAGCUCAGCAGAGUUUCAUGUUUGGUAACAUAUUUCCAGCAGGCUGAAACUCGACACCUCCUUCCCGUCUCUCCUGCCUGCAGACCUGGGCGUCCCGAGCAGCUGCAGGUGCCGCAGGGCACGCCAUGGGACGAUCCAAAUACUGAUGUGAUGGGUUGUUGAUGGAGAGGAUUUCGAAUGUCAGCCGGGACAGUGGUCAUCGCAGGAGGAAUUCUGGCUACAGUCAUCUUACUGACCAUCGUUGCUGUACUGUGUUUAUGUAGGUUACAGUAUUACUGCUGUAAGAGGGAGGAGUCUGAGAAGGGGGAAGAGGAGGAACCAGAGCUCACCAGCAUGUCGCCAUCCCGCCACCUGGCUCUGCCCGCUCCCCCUUCGCCUCCGACGCCGGAACACAUCUUUCACGAGGAACCGGAGCCGUACACUCCCACUUUCCUCACUGAGGCCAACGGGCCUACCAGCUACUCCCCUACACCUCCGCCCCGCAGGUGCCAACGCUCACAUGCCUUCUGCCCAUCCUGCGCCCGCUGCACACUGCCCUUCUACCUGCAGCACCCUGAGAGGCUGUGCAACGGCGGGCGCAGGAUAAGCUACAGGACUGUGCAGCAGGAGGACCUGGAACUACCCAUUGACCUGGCUAGCUUCUACCAGAAGUUAAAUCUCAUCCGCUCCGUCACCAUGCGGGAGGUGGUCACACACAGCGUCAGCACAGACGUCUAAGAGCAGACAGAGUGGAGGCAGCACCUGGAGCGAACGCUGAUUUAUUCAAACCGCACUGACUCCAUUCUGUCUGCAAACACACAUUUACAUGUCAGUAGCUGUUGUGCUUCGGGUGCAGCGCAACAGCUACUGACAUGCUACAACACCGAGGGCUUCUGUCUGAUGGAAACACUUCUCCUGGCAGCAUAUUGGACGUCUAGCAACUGAAUGCACCUCUGUUCAGUGUCUGAUGAACAGUUUUGACAUUUUGUAACCAAGAUGUGUGUUUGUUCGUUUGCUGUUUAGCUAGUUAAGCUGCUAAUCAAUAUAUAUGUGUAUAAAAGUGUAACCAAGAUCCUUUGAGCUUUGCUGGUAAAUUGAACACACAUUUUUUUUGUUUGUGAUUGCACCACAGGCAAGUCAGAAAUGGAGGUAAAAAGCCUGGAUGGUCAUCAAUGAGGCUAAAUUAGCUGCUGCUAACAUUUUAAUCAAGCUGUGAGUUUGUCUCACAUGAUCAGUCUUGUGUUAUUGUAGACAAAUCCCAUGUGUUGACCAAAACCAACACUGAAUGUAUCCCUUAACAAUUCUGUAUGCACAUUGAAACGUCUUCAACAUUUAGCUAAUGAUUUAAUACAACAAAUGGCAAUUGGCAGUAGCUGAGUGUUGUGGUUGUGCAUAUCCUUGAUGUAAUCUGGGCCUGAGCUAUUGGUCUAAAAUCAGAUUUGAGAAGCCACCACGUAGAAAAACCAGAUGAGUGUUGUAAUAUGAAGAUCAGUGAAGCUGCAGUAUCCUGGAAGAGCUGCAGAGGUUUGAUGACACAAGUAAUAAACCAGCCAUGUGCGAGAUGCAGCAGGGAAGGCGUGAGCUGUAAAGUGUGCGGACACAAACCUGAGCCAACGGUUGGUUGUUGAAGUCAAGUAUCCUUCUGAUGUCAUUCAGAAUACGCUGCAGGAGUGUGUCCUCACAGCAGUGUGUGUAGGACUUGUGGUUGUCACACCUCGGCUUGUAUCUGUGCAAGUCAGAGGAAACCACUGAGUGAUGAUGAGGAGCUGCCUGUCCUGAAAGGAAGAGCAUUGGCCUUGUCCAGAAUAACUCGGGCCUAAACUGUACGAAUUCAGGUCAAUUUAUGUGAAUGCUCCAUCCUGAUAACACUUGUUCAGUGUGAGCUCAUAAAUCAUGAGUCGUCCAGUCCAGUGUCGUAAGCAAUUUGUCGUAGUGUGAGCUUACGUUCCACCGCACAUUUUAUACAAGGUGAUAGUUAUCAACUGAUGAAGAUCACUGGGUCAAGACAAGUGUGUGGGCCUUUCUUCUUGCUGCUGUUUUUAGUAGCCCUACAUCUACGUGAUUUGGGUUCUUGAAUCUUUUCAUUACUCAGACCUCCAAACACACCAACACUCAGUGCUGCACUGCAUGAGUUUCUUUAUUAGCAUGCUCCCAUACUGUAGUGUUUAUUUACCUGAAAACCAUGACACCCGUCCAGCUGCUGUAAAGUAUCAUAUGUGAAUGCUAAUUUCCCCCCCUUUAUUUACUGUAUGAGUUUUAUAUCUUCAGUAUGAAGUAAUGGGCUUGGGGCUGAGAAACAACAACAAGACGCAGGGACGUUUAGAGAGACUGACACUAUCUUGGUUUUGGUCUUUUUAUGGGGUUUGUUUACAAGUAAAAAAUAUAGAGUCACAUUUAACCCUAAAUCUUAAAAUGAAGAGAGUUUUAAAGAAGAAAUGAAGCUAAAGACACAUAUUUUACUUUUUCGUGACCGUGUGUACGGAAGGUCAAAAAACAGAAAAAGCCACGUCUUCAAAAAUACCCGUUUACGUGUGGACGAGGCCUGAACCAACUUUGAAUGAAUCAAAAACUCAUUUUCUCUGAACCUGGCAGGUUUAAAGGUGGAGAAUGAAAGCUGUUUUUGUUUUCGGUUUUCAUGAAAGCCCAGCCUUUAGACGUCAACUUUCUGAACCGCCUUGAAAAUGGAUCUGCAGUGUACCUGCCAGACCACUAGUUGGCGAUGUGAAACACCACUUGAUGUGCACAUCCUCUGCCUUCUGGGUUAGGGUUACAUUACGUUUGUGUGUACGGACGAUGAGGUGGUUUCUACUCCAACUGAUCCAACAAAGUUAGUAAGCUUCAAGAAAAUGAUGACUGGAAACAGAACUCAGGAGUCAGCCAUUGUUGUUGUAGUCCAGCUACUCGUUCACUUAUUACAGAGGAACUUCGAAUGGUCAGUCUACACGGCGAUGGAGACAGAGCGAUCUUUUCAAAGUUUGUACUCUGAGACCAGUCAUCUAAAACGUUGUCGUGUAAAGGAAAAGCCACAUUGCAACAAAAGGAAACCGGGCCUAAAUAAGGAGGGAAAUAACAUAAUCUGGGGCACAAUUUUUUUUUUAAAUAAUCGUGGAUACCUUCUUCAAGACAGGAAGUAGAAAAAAUACUGAAGCACACAAAUCACUGAACUCAAACUUUGGUUCCUUUAGUGAUUCUUGUGCUCCAGUAUUUUUUCUGGUUCCUGUCUUGAAGAAGGUAUCAACUGAAUUAAAUUUCUUGUACGUCUUAAGUCCUUCUCUGAGAGCACCG